UUCUGUAAAAGUAACCUUCCCAACACUGCCGAUAUCAGACUUAAUGAUCCCUCAUCACAGGAAACAUUUCAACUAAACAUCACAAAUAAAAUCAGCAGAACAGAUUAAACAAAUUAUCUAGGAGGGGGAUGAGACUGGGAACCGUGGGAAGCUUUUCCCAGUAAAUGAAAUUAAGGGCUAUCGUUAAUAUUGGAACACUAAAUAAUGUCAGAGAAAAAUAAUUCGGAUGUCUAGGUUACCUUUUACAUUUGUUAGACAUACAAAUCCUGAUAUCGUGACACGCGCUGCAGUUUAAUUCCCUCCGCGAGAGCGCAUGGUGCAUCUGCAGAAGUGUGGCCAUGUGACCAUCCACACAGGAAGAGGAGUUGAGAAAUGAGUCAGAGAUUCCUCCUCCGCACAGAAAUCAGACAAAAAGUCCUAAAAAUCCAGCCCGGAGCGCCUUUCCAUCGUCACCAUGCCGUGCUGCAGGCUGCGCGCUCUGUGUCAGUAUGAAACCAACAAGCUGGUCCGGAUCCAGAGCGUCCGGCUCGGCUCACUCAAGUGGAGUCUGAACGGAGCCAUUCUGCUCUUCAUCUGUAUCAUGAUGCUAUGGAACAGGAAGUACCAGGAGUUUGACCUGGUGGUCAGCUCGGUUACCACAAAGGUAAAGGGUGUGGCUCAGGCGCCCCUGCCCGAGGUCGGGAACAUGGUCUGGGAUGAGGUGGACUACAGCGGGCCUUGGAAGGGGAAGAACACCUUCUUUGUGGUGACCAACGUCAUUGUGACAAAGAAUCAGAAGCAGGGGAAAUGUGCGCAGGUUCCUCUCAAAGGCAGAUUCUGUCACACUGAUAAGGACUGUGAGAAAGGAGCCUGGGACCAGCAGAAACACGGUACAGUGACUUCAUCGUGUGUGAAGUUUGAUUUAUCGAAGAAAACCUGUGAAGUUUCUGCGUGGUGUCCGAUCGAAACCAGAUCCACUCCUCCAAGACCUGCUCUGCUGGCAGCAGCUGAGAACUUCACUGUCCUCGUUAAAAACAACAUCCGGUUCCCAGCUUUCAACUACAUCAGAAGGAACAUCCUCCCAGAGAUGAACGACGCCUACCUGAGGAACUGCCACCGAGGAAACGACUCCCUGUGCCCCAUCUUCAGACUGGGAGACAUCGUCCGAGAGGCCGGGGAAAAGUUUGCAAAGUACAACACUGUGAAUGGAGUGGAGGAGCGAACACUCUACAAAGCAUUUGGGAUCAGAUUUGAUGUCAUGGUAUUCGGACAGGCGGGAAAGUUUAGCUUCAUUCAACUCAUCAUCUACAUCGGCUCAACGCUGUCCUACUACGCCCUGACAACCAUCCUGAUCGACUGGUUGAUUGGAACCAGCUGUUACUCUGCAGAGGUCGGUCAGAACUACUCUGAAAGGAAAGUGGAAUCAAUCCGAGAUCAAGAGAAGAUGAAGUGCAUCCUUUGUGUUUCCUACAUUGAUGAGAACAACCUUCGACUGGUAAAACGCUCACAAAAGAAAAGUUUACAGGUCAUCAAACCGAUGUCUGUUCAGCCACGUAAGGAGGAUCCAGGACACUUGAGAGCCAUUCUCUGCCUCCUACAGCCAAGUGAUGACACCAGUGAUGAUGUUCAGCCUUCCCUUGGCAACAAAACCGAUCCAAAUGCCAAACCCCGUCGUCCAGCCUGGUGUAUGUGUGACUCCUGUGCUCCUUCCUCCCUCCCAGAGGAGGAGUUGUGCUGCAGGCGCACCGAGGGCACCUGCAUCACCUCGUCUCCUCUGUUUGGGCAGCUGGUGCUGCGGCGCUCCCUGCUGGAGGCAGUGCUCCUGUACCAGGAUCCCCUGUCUCCUUCAGUGAAAAAGCUUCAGACUGCCGCCCUGCGUCACUGUGCCUACAGAGAGUACAUCAGCUGGCGGUUUGGGGUCCCACCCAAUGACACCCAUCCUGCCAUCCCUAGCUGCUGCGUGUGGAGAAUCAGGAGGGAGUACCCGAGCCCAGAUGGACAGUACAGUGGUUUCAGACCUGUAACGAUGACUUCCAUGCAAGCCUGUGAAAACGGAGAACUAUGAAAGGAGUGUUUUCAAUUUACAGAGCAGGGAAGCCCUCACUAACUGACCUACUAACAAUGUUCAUGUACCGUCUGCCUUACAAAGCAAAACAAAAAUGCAACAACUUUACUCAUUUGUCCGGAAAAUUAAACUUAAUCAGUUUGUCAGCUUGUGUUCGGUGAAGAAAAACUUCACUAAGUCAAUAAAUUACUGCAUUUUCUCAAAUCUGUCAAGUCGUUUGGCUGCUUGGCUGCCAUUUUUCUUACAUUCACUCUCUUUAUGCUGCUUUUUGCCUUUAUAGGGCAGGACUAACUCUAAUCGGGCUCAGACAAAGAUUUUCUCCUGCCAGGAAUGUUUUCACAUUCAUCAAAUUAUAUGGAAAGAUGGAGAGUUUUGUUCCAGGACGGGAGAGAAACAACCCUGAGUAGAUUUGACAUAUUUCUCCUAUCUCCGCUAAGGUUCACUAACUGCAGUAAGGUGGGGAGCCUGAGUGUGUAAUUUCAUUUGUACACAGAUGUGACUAAAAACAACAGCUGGUUUUUUGGGUUGAUAGAAAGUCAUCUUGUUAUUGUGUUUAUGUUUUUCAGUAUUGCCAUUUCACUCUGUACUCCUGAUUUCAUUCUGCAUGUAAAGAAACGGUCUACUGCACAGAAGGUACAUUUUUAUAUAACUGACCAGUUUAACUUUUAUCAAGCUUACAGUUGGUGUUACUAAUGAAAUGGACACUGUUACUGACAGGUGUGCCCAUAUAGGCAGUCUGCUGGGCUUCACUAAGCAAAUUCAUGUCACAAAAAUGGAACACUUGACUAUUUUUGUGUUGUUGGUGCCUUUUAUGUGAUUUGGACUGGACUGGUUCUUUUGGACUGGACUUUUCUUCCCUACUGGAGAAUUUAAAGUGCUUUAAACAACAUGCCUCAUUCACACCCGUUCACACAAGCAUGCUUUUCUACAUCUAGGUACUUGAUGCCAUACUAGUCAGAUAGUGAUGGAUUUGAACUGGUGAUUCUUAUUGAAUAUGUUGAAUGGGUAAUUAUCGUGGCUUGUGGUUAACUGUACUAACAGCAUGUCUAAGGGGUCUGUUCUCUAGUUUUGGUGACUGAAAGUGCUUUUUAUUAUCUUAAACUUGGCAUUAUUCUGCUACCAAAUCUGCUAUUUUCAGGACUUUGGGGACUCCAGCUUUUUCACAUCUUCUUCACCCUUUUUUAAUGUGUAUGUGUCUAUGUGUGUUUGUUUUAAUACAUCAUCUUGAUAAUUUAGUUUUGACAGCAACACAUCUUAUCCUUAUCUAUCUAAGGUCAGUGAAUGCUGUACACGAAACUUUACACAUCUGGCACUUCUUCACCAAAGCUGGACUUCCCUUUAAAAUGUUACAAUUUGGAUGCCACUGGUCACUUAAAAGAUUAAAAAGCAUGGUAGCAGCUAUUGAGCCUUCAGGGUGAUGUCACAACGCUCACAUCCAUCUUUAAUAUAUGGUAUGACCGUUACAAGAUUUUGUACUGGUGCUUUUAUGUUGAUUAAAAUAUCUGGCAUUUUCUUUUUGA